CUACCUUUGCCCCUCCCGUCAUGCUGUGUUCCCGUUGGAAGCGGUCAGACCUCCUCCAUCACAAUGUUUAGGAUCAGGGUAUUCCUACAAAAAUUCCUGAUUCUUCUGCAUGUUACUAUGAGCGUUGUCAUUGGCAAAACACUGAUGAUACUGUUUCCUGAUGCCAUGAAAAGAUACAUCCUAAAACAGGGUGAAAAGAGCAGAAUGAACGAGAAUCCAAAGUUCAGCUACGAAAAUUGGGGUCCGACUUUUUUCAGCUUCAAGUAUUUGCUCUUUGUACUGAAGGUGAAGUGGAAGAGGCUGGAGGAUGAAGCCUAUGAGGGACAUCCCGCUCCCAACACGCUGGUGGUGACUUUCAACGGGGAAGUUCGUCACCUCUUUGAUUUCAUGCAAGAUAACCGACCUUUAAUCCUGAAUUUUGGAAGUUGCACCUGACCUUCGUUUAUGUUAAAAUUUGAUGAGUUCAACAAGCUCAUCAAAGAUUUCAGCUCAGUAGCAGAUUUCCUUAUCAUCUACAUUGAAGAAGCUCACGCAGUAGAUGGCUGGGCUUUUAAAAACAAUAUUGUUAUUAAAAAUCACCAAAGCCUUGAAGAUCGAAAAAUUGCAGCACAGUUUCUUCAGAAAAAUAAUCCUUUAUGUCCAGUGGUUUUAGACACAAUGGAAAACCUGAGCAGUUCAAAAUACGCUGCAUUGCCAGAACGACUGUAUCUACUUCAAGGAGGGAAGGUCAUCUACAAGGGAGGAGUGGGGCCUUGGAAUUACCACCCCCAGGAAAUACGUGCCAUCCUGGAAAAAAUGAAAUAGAAAAAGAGAAGAGGACUUCAGAGUAAAGACUACCUGGAUAAAAAAGCUCAAGGAAUGAAGUUUUCAUAGACAUAACUGUAAGAAGGAAAAAAAAAAGAAUUAAUGUAUGUGCAUCUAAAGAGCAUCUGUAAUGUGGUUCAUUAUGUUUGUCUACAGGUUUUCAACUCUGAUCACUACAACCCCUACUACUGCAUUGUAGUAUCUUACUACACUUAUACCACAUGCGGUAAUGAAUAGUAGUUGGGUCCAUUGAGCCAUCAGGACUGGAUACCAACUUUUCCAUUUUUAAAGAAUAUCAUACAGGAUAAACUUCAGGGGUGGUGACACUUGCAAAAGUCAACUGGCAUGCAAAACACCUGAUUUCACAUUAUUAAGAUUCUCUUUCUGUUGUAUACAUAAAAUUUCCCUAAAUGUUCACUUUCACUGAAUUCAGAAGGCUUCUGAAUAAGACAAUCUCUAUCAACAUUUGUUUCUAUUGAUAUUUGUUAUGACAGUCAUAGCAUAAAGCACAGACUGCUGUGACCUGAUUGUAGAAAAUAUUUAUAGAAACAAGAGAUUGAUUAUUAUUAUUAAAAAUCUACUACAGCACUUCAUAUGGCUUCAGAUUAUUUCCCUCCCCACCCUGCCCCUCUCCCCUCCAGGUUAUUUCUAAGCAUUAUUAGACUUUUCUAUUCAUCCUAUUAAUCUUGCACAGUUUGAGCUGAUGAGAAUGUUACCAGUUUAAGAUCUUUUGAAGGACUCGUUUGACAGUAGGAAGUAAUACUUCUCAUUUAAGUAUUUCACACUUUUUUUUUCUAUUUAACUCAGACUGCAAGAGAAACAUUUUACAGGAAAUAGAGUUUUAAUUCAUAUAUUAAGAAAGCCUGAUAAAACAUACUAAUUUAAAUGGACUCAGUUAUGUUCAAGUGUUCUAGGGUAACAGUCUAGGUUACAAAACUAGAAAGCUGUUACUACAAUUAACAGGAGUACCACAUUACAUACAUUAAACUGGUGGGGAAUACAUACUACAUCCAUACCUUCAAAAACCACUUCAAUACAAGAUUUUAAUACUAAAUAUUUUCUGUGCUACAGAUAUCAAAAUAUAAAUUCUUAAAAAAAAAAAAUUGAGGUACAAAUUUAAGCUGGACUUAAGGGUUCUCUGCUGUGCCCUCUGCCAUCACCCGGUGCACUGAUACAAAAUGAUCAAAGGCAGAUUUGAUGAUAAAACGCAAGUAAGUGGCUUGGAAAUCAGGAAGCUGUAGAAGGAAAAAAAAAUGUUAUUGUAUUCUCUAUAGUAACAUAACUAUCAGACAUUUGCAAAAGUUUGUUAGACAGAAGGAUCUAGAUAUUUCUGUGUCUGUUUUUGAAUUACACAUAAA